AUGAUACGUUUGUGGACAUUGCUCGGAUCUUGGCUCUGUUUGGGUUGGGUUCAGGUAGGUAUAUCUACUUUUGUGUUAUAUGAAUCGUCGUUUAUAUUGUUUUAAAGUUUAAGGGUUAUGUUUUUUUUGGAUUGAGCUAUAGGUUCAGUAUAGAGCAUUGCUCAGGGUUUUAAAUUUUUUUUUCAUGAAAGAGUUUCAGUAUAGAGGUGUUUGUUAUUCAAGAGGUCGUCUGUAUUUUCAUUUUUUUGACGCGAUAAUACUAUAAUUUUGGAAGCAUGGUAUUUACACUAGAAUUGUUACAAAAACUCGAUAAAUUUAAAGUGGUAAUUUAUAUUUUUUAAAAAUAUGAGACAUUUUGGUUUUUUAAAAACUUUUUUUUUGAAAAUAAUCCACAAAACUCCUAUAUAACGCGAUUCGCCUACAAAUCUAAAAUUUUUUAGUUAAAAGAGGUUUCGGUAUGAAGAAGUUUUAAACUUACUGUUCAGUGGUGUACGGUGAUAUUAAAAGUUGUUUGUUAUACGGAAAUUUUGUUAGAGAAAAGUUCACUAUACAGAGUUCUACUUUAUAUUAUGAAAAUUAUGUAGCACAAAAGUAAUAACACUAUAAACACUUGUUCAAACGCUUAAAACUAAUGUUAUUUUUCCAAUAGUUGAAUCGUUUUUUGAAUUAAUUAUUUUUUGUGGACUCCUGCGGAGGCGAAAAUGCAGUUUAAUGUAGUUCAAAAAAAGCUUUGUAUUGUGAUAUUUGAUAUUGUUAUCUACAAUGUAUACAUAUGUUUAAUGACUACUAAAACUUGUAUACACUUUGCAAAGUUAUAUGUAGAGGUAUAUGCAAAUACUUUUUUUUAAAUAUGGAGUUGCUAACUAUGAGUAUUGAUUUUCCUGUACUGGUGUUGCUAUUUUAGUACCAUUUUUAUUUUUUGGAAUUAGUAUUGCUUUUUUAACACUGAUAUUGAUUUUUAGGUACUAUUAUUGUUCUUUAUCACCAGUAUCGCUCUUUUAGUACUAGUACUGUUUUUUUUAAGUUAAUGUAGGGUAAAAUAGGACGGGGUAAGGUAAGAAACGUAAAUGCUCGAUAGAAGGUUUAUAUUGAGAGUAGUUACGGUACUAAAAUACAGUAUUACAGAAUGUUGUUUUUGAAGGAAUUUGGUCGCUACAACCAGAACCGGAAGCGGUUUCUGGGAAAACAAAAUCUGUUUUCCAAAAGUAUUGUUUGAGAGGAUGAUGGUGAAGGUCGUUCGAUAAGCUUAAUACAUCAACAAAUAAUUAAUUAACUUAUCGAGUCGUUGCCUGUUUAUACUGUAACAGGACAUUCUUUGCUCUUUACUGUAUAUUUUGAUGUAAUUUUUGUCUUUGGCAUACCGUAACAUGCGGCUGUAAGGAUACAAUAGGAUAGGUUUAAUUAGAAGUUUUGGCUUUGGGAUACUGUAAUAUUGGCUUUAAAGAGCACAGUAAGAUAUUUUUUAGAUUUGUUAAAUUUGGCAUACUGUAACAUGUGCUUAUAAGGAUACAGUAGAAUUGGUUUGAUUAGGAUUUUUGAUGUUGAAUACUGUAACAAACAUUUUAUUAAUGUAGAAUUACUUUAACAGGCAUUUUUUUUUGCUUAAGAGAUACUGUAGAGUACCGACUUGUAAAAUUUGUACUUUUAGAUUACAGUAAUAUGAUUUUUUAAAAUUUUUUUAGCAUUGGACAUACUGUAACAAAAAAACGAAAGUAAAAGUAUAUUUAUACUUUACGGUUACUGUAACAUAUUUUUUCAUAAUUUUUCGUUUCAGUAAACAAAAUAUUUUAGUCAUAAUGUUACUGUAACAAAGCACAAAUGCCGGUUUUUUUCAAAUAAAAAAAUCUAAAAGUCAUUUUAAAUAGUUUGUAGCGGAUAUUGUGCAGGUUUAAUUACCCAAAAAAUGUCAAAACAGGUAUUGUCUUUGAGUGUAAUGUAAAGGGCACACGACAUACGUGACACACACAGGAACGCGUGGUGUCUUAAUAGAGGAAACAAAAAACUGUGGUAAUUAGGCAAAAUGUUACAACAAGCUAUAGCGUUUUUACUGUAGAGUAAGGGUACAAUAUUGUAGGAAAUGUAAAAUACGAUGACCACUCUGGCUAUUGAAUAUUUUUAAAGCUUUUGAAUUCACACAGUAAAACCAUACUUUAUCAUACGGUAAUUAUCAGUUAGUUCAAAUAAUUCUGUGCUUCACCUAAAAACAAAUUUGCGGAUUUAGUGGGCACAGAAUUAUUUGAAUAACAUAAAAGUUACCGCGCGAUAACGUAUAAACCUAAUAUAAUAUGUAUAGUCUUGCAUUUGUUAACUAUAAAUUAAGUUAUGUUGCAUAUUAACCAGCCUAUAAUAACAGCUUACUAUAAUAAUGCUAAAUCAUGGAUUAACGUAUUUUACCUUUUCAGGCCUCUCCAUUCCUUGAUGUAUACCUCCGAAUCGAACCUACUGAUGACUUUUGCGGGCCACGACAAUGCAAUAUCAGCUAUGCUAUGUCUGUGCUACUGUCGCAAAAUCACUUUGAUUUACAGGUAAAUUUUUGUUUUUAGUUUAAAAAAUUAAAAAAUUGAUUAUUUUUAAAACAGAAAAUUGGCUUUAUUUCUAAUUUUUUUCUAAAUUUGAAGGUAUUAAUGGUAACAGAGUUUACUUUUAAAAUUUUGGCUCUGGCGCUAGCUCCGACUCCAUUUUUUUAAACUUUUUUUUUGGCUCUGACUCUAGCUCUGGCCCAUUUCUUUUUUUAAAUUUCCUGUUUGGUUUUGGUUACAAUUUCUGAGCCAAAGGUGUCUCCGAGCUGGAGCUGACUUUUAAACUCUGAUUGAUACCAAAACGUUUAUUUUCAUUAUUGUUUUUGACUCUUGUGGCAAAGUAAAACAAGUAAAAAAGAUUUUUUAGAGCAGUAAAAGAAGAAUGUUUUUUGAAAAUUUUUAAUAGGUAUCUGAAGUAAUGGCAGAGUUAUGUUUAUUUGAAAAUGGCAGAAAUCAUAAAAAGUUGAAGUUGCGUAAGAACUUCUAACAUUUUUUGUUUUUCAACCGGUUGUAUCGUUGUUACUAUUAAUCGUAUCUUUACAAAAUUAGGACAAAUUAUACUAUAAGUUAUGCCUAAGGAUUUGCAUUACAAAUUAAAAAAAAAAUUCAAAGUUAGGACAGAAAAUGCAGCUCGUGAUCAUAAUAUCGGGUUCUUCAAGUCAUUCUAAGCCUCUCUCAAAGCAGAUUUUCAAAAUUAGCGGGCAUAGGAUUAUUUGAACAAUCUAAUAUUAUAGCUCUAGACAAAAAAAAUCUUUUUUUGAAUUAAAAAAGUAACUUUAGAGUGUGAUGUUACAAGAAGGCUCAAUGAUCAGGAUCAACGAUCGGGUCUUCCAAGACAACACUGUGAUACGACUGUCGCCAGAUGUGAUAGCAAGCGACAAGAUUUAUCUUGGGUUGUCUUUGCUCGAUGUUCCGGAAGAUAUGCAAAGUAAGUUAUUAUAAACAGCAUGUAGUACAUAGCAGUAUAUAAGGCUGUUAAUGAUUAUUUAGUGCAUAGUGUUAGGAGGUUCAAAUAAUUCUGUGCCCAUCUCAAAGCAACUUUUUGAGGUAAAGGGCACAUAAUUAUCAACCCAGUGUAAUAGUAUGUUUUAGUACUAUUCUUUACACUCUUAAUUGCUAUUUUAGAGUACGUAGUAGCAGACGUGAGUGAUGUGAUAUCAAAAGGCCGUAAGUCGAGGAUGGAGUUCAUAUCAGAGACGGCUAAAGUAAUAUUGGUCAUUUACAAGCGGACGGAGUCUAAUAACAGUAGGUUUUUGUCUUUUUUAUAUUUUUAUACUUAAUAUAACAUUAAAAAAAGGGUUUUUAACUUUAAGGCAUUAAAAACAUAAAAAGAACAGAAUGCCAAAAAUGGCGGAAAAAAUAGAAUUUGAAAAACUUUUGAAAAGUUGCUUUAAAAUGAAGUUUUAAUUUGAUUACAGUAGUGAAAAUGACAUUUUAAAACAUUUUUUUUGUUAUAAGGCAUUGAAAACCGUUAAGAAACAGAAUGCCAAAAAUGGCGGGAAAAAUAAAAUUUGAAAAAAAUUUGAAAAAUUGCUUUAAAAUGAGACUUAACAUGUUAAACUAGUAAAAAUGCCAGUUUAAAAUCAAAAAAAGUCAUUCUAAAAUCAUUUUCAGUCUCCGACGACCGUGUGGAAUCCGAAACCCUAAAUCCGUGGGAAGAGUCCUACCAUCAUUACAGUAGGAAACACACAGUAAACGAAGGCUGCCAAUGUGUUCAGAAGGACUGUGGAUGUUGCAAACGACUGACGGUUAGGAAGAUUCAUCUUGAUGACAAUGUCUGUCUCAAUAUGUCAUAUGUGCCACAAGACCUGGGAGUACGAGUGUCGAUGAGUGUGGAUGAUAGGAUCUACUACAACAAGGAGAUAUCAGGUAUGGUAAAAACUUUUAUGUGGAUUUUUUACAUGGUUUGGUAGUGUUGGAUUCUAUAUUGUACCAAAAAGCUCAAAUUUACAAAAACUGUCUAUGAUAGUAUUUCAAUUUAAUUACCGUAAAAAAAACCAUGCUAAGUAGUACAAAUAACUAUGAAAUAUCAAGUUGUAUUCAAAAUAACUGUAGUACCAUCUUUUGAAUGUCAUUGUACAAAACUGUGUUAUAGUAACACUCAAUUAACUAUUGUAAUUUCCUGGUAAAACAAUGGUAUCACAAGAUACAUUGUAGUACAUUGAACAUAAUGUUCUCAUACUAUAUGUAUAACAUUGAGUACAUUUUUGAUUGUAUUAUAGUAUGUAUAAUACAAGGUUUACAAUAGUUAAUUGGUAGCUGUUACAGACGAUAACCUUUACACUUUUUACAAUUUCAAACAUCUUAUGUUACAGUAAAUUGGAAAAUGUAACUUUAGGUAACAGUUUAUUAAAUUUUGCUGUAAACUAGUCACGAGUUGGCCAAAGGUUACAUUGUUGCAAAAGUGUUACAAAACAUUUUUUGUUUUUCUGAUUGUGCAUGCUAAUGCUAAUGCAUAUUUUACCAUAAUUACCCUUCUCCUUCUCUUUUUUCACUCUACCCCCUUCCCUCCUCCGGCAUUUUACCACCCCUUCUACUAACUCGUACCUCUUUUCUUGAAUACAUUAAAUCUUUUUCUCUUUUUUACUUUUUUCUACCCUACCCUACCCUACCUUAUCUUGCCGUACCCUUCUUUCUCCCCCCCUGUCCCCCCCCCCAAACCACAAAAAAGGUUUUCUCUAUAACAUGUUUACCAUGUAUAUACGAUCCAUUAAACGUAUGUAUCUUGUUUAUGUUUCGUUUUUCGAGAACGUGACCCAAAUUAUCACGUGAUUCAAUUAUUUUUACGUCGUUGGAUUCAUCAAAACACAGAUCAAACAAUAAACUACAUUACACUAGGUGUGUGUAGGCAUAAACACGUCAACAUGCAUAGCAUUACCUUAGAUAUAGAGUGUUUAAUAUGUCAUGUUUGUUACACUUUACUGUGUUAUACUAUAGGCAUGCUAUUACACUGUGAAAGUAAGGUGUUGUCGUAUACACCUUACAUUGAUAUAGUAAGGUGCUGGUAUUAUGAGAUAGAAGUAGUGUAAUAUAUGGGUGAUACGAAGUUAUGAAAGCAUGAUACAACAUAGUGUUAUAUCAUGGUUAUGGUAGCUACAUAUAUAACGCGAUACUGAAGGUUACUGUAUACCGUAACAUACCAAAAGUUACUGUGUAUCAUAACAUAACACAGGCUACAGUAUACCGUGUCAUAGCAAUGAAUACUGUAUUUUAUGACAUACCAUGGAUACUAUAUAACAUAACAUACCAAAUCCUACUGUAUAUCAUAACAUACCAAACGUUACUGUAUUUCAUAACAUAUCAUAAGUUACUGUAUAUCAUGCCAUACCAAUGCCAUGACAAACAAUAACAGCCCUUAUCAAUGUUAUGUUUACUUCCUCGGUCAGUUCGUCAAAUCACAUACCAGACUAUUCUCUAUUACUACGACAAUUGUUUAUUACAAAGUUUCGUCGAAUUCCAUAUAGUAUAAUAUAUUAUAUGAUAUGGUAAACAAGUAGUGGUUCGAUCGUAUUCAGCGCUCAAUCACACUGAAAACAGUAGGAACGGUGUGUAUUACGAAAGGCAUAGUAGAUAUUAAGUUGUUCAAAUAAUUUUGAGCUACCUAAUUUUAAAACUUUGCUUUUAGAAGGGGCUUAGAAUUUAAUGAACGCUUGAUAAUGCAAGAAAAAAAUUUUAAAUUUACAGUAUUACAUACAAAAAUAAAUUUAUCGUAAUAUUGGGUUGUUCAAAUAAUUUUCAGCCUUCUAGCACGAAAAUUUGGUUUGAGAGAAGACUCAGAAUUAUUUGAACAACCUAAUAGUAAAGAGAAAACCAAAAAUUACAGAAAUUAAAACUGAACAUUUUAAAGUUACAGUACCACCCUACCACAAAAAAUACAUCAACUUAUAAUUAUUUUGAGAUUUAAAGCAACAUAUGUAGUAUGAUUCUGAUUUUAAUUCUUUUUCAGUGACCGAAAGUAUGCCAUUAUGUUUUGCCGUCCCACAUCUUCGGGAGUAUGCUAGCCUGUGCAUCAAAAUGUACAAUGUAAGUUAAGGAGACAUUAUGGUAGAUUUGUAAAUAGUUAAUUAAAGCUCUGAAGCUGUGGUUAGAGUCGACGCUUUAGUUUCGAAAAGGGCAGAGCUAAAGCCGAAGUUGAAUCUGAAGUCAAAGCUAAAGAACAGGCUGAAGCCGUAGCUGAAAUCAAAGGCAAAGUUGAAGCCGAAGUAACCUCAAUGUCUACUAUAAAUUUACAAAUUAAACAUAUUAUAAUUGAUAAUUUCAGUUUGAAGAACACAACAAGCACGUUUCGUUCUGUACUGAACUUGAAGCUCGAUUGUAUCACUUGAAAAUAGCACGGAAGAAGAUUGGUUGUGUUAAAGUACCUAUAUAA